UCGUCGUCUUAUUCCGUCUAGCUUAUUCCGUGAUGGAAUCUGACUGAUCUCCGAUUUGAGUGCCUGACGUGUGAGGAGUGUAUUAAGCACUUGUAAAAAGCAAGUCAAGAAUAAAGAAACCACACGAGCCUUUUGAUGGAAAUUCGCUGAUGCGGUCUAGAUCAAAAUUGAAACCUUACAACCGCCCGUGAUCAUGUGGAUGUCGGAUGUUCGUGAAGAUUUGGGACGGGAUAACACCCGCACAUUGGUGGCGGCAGCUUCACCUCUGUCCGAAGCCAUGGCCUUGGCCGCUGGAGGUGCUCUACAUUUGUUUGCCAAACGGGAUCAAUCGGGACGGCGAAUCUUUCCAGGGCAUGAACGCCAAGGCGACUCGAUCUCCGCUCUCUUGGUCCUCCCCAUGAGUGGAUCCACCCACGAAUCGCAAACCACCCAAACCCACUUAGUCCAACACGUUGUGGCGGUUGGCCAUGAAUCCGGUUGGGUAGAGAUCGUCUCCAUGACGGGGGACAUUCUUUUCCGUCGACAAUUGGGUUCGGGGCGGGUUCUGAAAUUUCGCGCCAGUGGCGACGGCCCUCUCGCACGAGGCGGACGCCGCACGCCCAUGGAAGCCGUGUAUCUACCCUCGAUCAGUGACUUGCUCAUGGUGUAUGCCGAUGGGAUCGUGGCCAUGGCGGGGAAGGUGCUGUUUGAGAGCUUGAUCAAGAAUCAGAGUCUGUUGGCUCAGAUGCGGGCGCAAGGCCUCCACGGAGAGUGCACCACCCAGGACAAUCAGGUCCCAGUGAAACGACUUCUGGUCAAGGAUCAAAUGAUCACGGAUAUGAGUGUUUACAAGUAUGCCAACACUGCCCUGGAUCAAAUGAUUCAUAUGUCACAGAGUUCGAACAUCAUCGAAGGCAACUUGCAAAGUCUCGGCCAAAUCACCCAAUUGGUGAGUGUGGGUCAAAAUCCCAUCAUGCGAUUCAACUCGCCCUACAACAUCCACGCUCAAGAUCUGACGGAAUUAGCCGAGAACGUGGUGUCCACAGUCAAGUCUGGAUUCGUGCGGGUGGCCACGGGUUUGUUCUGGGGAAAGCCGGACGCCAAUCAGGAGGACAAGAAACCCAAGGAGCUUGAACAACGGUUGUCUUUAAAUCAUGCCAUGAAAGAUGCCAUGAAGCAGGGCAAAAUGAUCGAGGUCAGUCUGAAUGGUUUGUAUUUUGCGGUGAUGGACAAUCAAAACCGUGUGAUUCUGGUGGAUUGCUUGAGUGGGAUCAUUCUUCAUGUUUGGAAAGGUUUGCACCAUGUUCAAAUUGGCUGGACUCUGGCCCGACCCGAGAAUGGAUUGGCGAGCAUCGAUGAAGACGAGAAAGUGGCGUGUGUUCUGGUGAUCUAUCUCCCGCGUAGAGGAUCCUUGGAAGUCUGGUGGCCAGAGUCGAAAGAGAAGCUAGCAGAGUUCUCUGUGGCCAAAAAUGGCAAGCUUCUGAGCUGUUUCAAUGGCAUCCUGGACCCAACGAACCGAUCGCGACAUAUCAGGGAAAGGGAUCUUGUAUUGCUAGGGGAAGAUGGGUCGAUCUCAGAGAUCAUCAUCCCAACCAGAUAUUUGAGUGAUCAAAAGAAGACCCGAUAUUCAUCCUUUCAGCAACAACACCUUUUAGCCCUCUUGAGCGAAGUUCCUUUGAGUGAUGACACCUGUGCCAAGGUGAUGGAACAAGUGAAAAGCGCUUCCUCUGCUGUAACCCAAAUUUCCAUGCUUGUCGACAUUUUUAAGGCCGAUCAAAUCGAACUAGAUUUCGUCAAACGGAUUCUCGCAGAAAUUGACAUUCAAAUGAAGGACAGAGAGGAAGAAUCGACCAUUCUGAAGAAUUGUUACGCAACUCUAACUAACCUAGUUAGUUUGUUCGAAAAUAUCAAUGAGUCUUUGGCGUCUCGCGGGGAAAAUCGUAUUCCUUCCUUAACCCAAGACGAUUUUCCAGGACUUCAUCUCAUUGACAUUACAGAGGCUCCCGAAAAGCUGACGCACACAAGUCCCCUGAAUUUGGAUUCGUUUGUAAGCCAUUGGGCUCUCAGUGUUGACGUAUUCGAUAUCGAGACUGAGAGUGUUGAAAUGAGACUUGGCCAACGCGAUGCUUCGUCAAACCUCUUGGAAGGUUUCAUGACUGUGGUUCAUCUUCAAGGCGAAAGAAAGGUCUUGGAGACGUUUCAAGAAUUGGGACUAUCCUACCAAGAUUUGCUCAAGUUUGUUUUCCAAAACGUCACAAAUUGGUCCCAUGCCAACCUGUUGCGCCUGACCAUGGGAAUAAAACCUUUGCUAUCCAUCGCUCUGAUACUUUCCCGAGGCGAAGGAACCAAAUCAUCGGUGUUCUACACUUUCACUCGCUCGUUGCUUCUGAAAGAACCCAUGAAUAUGUCGGUAUUAGUUCUGGCUUGUCAAUGGCAUGAAUUUGCGUAUAACAAUGCAGCUUUCCGGGAUCUCUACGUGGAUUCUGAUCGAAUCAAGCGAUUUGUCACAGCCUAUCUUCACCUGGAACAAAAUCUGCAGGCCAAAGUGUUAGGAGAGUCCUCGAAGGAGAAUCCAGCAAAUCACACCUAUGCCGACGCAUUUCAAGCCGGAAAUGGUCGAGUGGUGGAAAUCAUCUGUCAAUGGUUUGUUCAGCACGGGAUUGGUCCCAAGGAUCUUGAAUCUGAAAAAAUCCGAGACUUUUUAAGUUUAGCUGAAAGUGAUUUCCCCAAGAGCGUCCAAUCAGAGACGUUGCUCUCACAUUUGACUUGGGAAUACAUUCACGCGUGGGCCAAAAAACGCGAUCAAUUGCGAUAUCUCGAUUACGGCUUUCAAUGCCUCAAGGCCUUGCUAAAACUGGAUGGGGUGGACCUGAAUGUUCCGAAUAUGCUUUGGAAGACGUUCCUUCACAAAGUUGGCCGUGAUGCAGUGAAUGUGACUGAAAUCCGAUCCCCAACGCGUUGCCUUCGCGAUGUGGGUGUGGGUGAGGAGUGCUUGCCCGAACUCCUCCAAUGGCUCGUUAAGGUUCUCUUUUUGAUGAUCCAAAACGACCAGAGAGAUGUACAUCUCUCCAAACCUGACGAGAAACCUCAAUUCUACGACGACAUAAGCGAUGUCCCACAAGCCCAUCUCUUGGACCAUGCACACUCGGUGGUCGUGGACUCCGACGUAAUAGCCCUUCAGUUUCAAUACGUUUUCGUAGCGAAUCUGAUUUGGGAGUUUGACCUCCAAUUCAAGCCCAUGGCCUUGUUUUCCAAUCAAGAGUCCAACCUCUUUUUCCAAAGCGAAGCGUCCACCCAAUUGGGCGUCCUCAUUUCGAUGGGCCAAAACGCCUCCCUUCGUCACAUUCGUAAGAAGUUUCUGGACACUGCUUGCCAUCGUUCUGUCCAAACCAUUCAUCUGUUGCCCACCGAAGACGGACAAGGAGAGUGGGACAUGUCCAGCUAUAAAGUGUGGAUGUCUCAAUUGGCCCUUUUGGCCAAGAUGUGGUUUCUUCAAGACAAGUUGAAAGAAUACCAAAUCUUGGCUCUCUACUCGAAUGGACAUGAUUCAUUGGGCGAAGAUUUAUUUUCAUGCUUUCCCGAUCGCGAAUCCCUGGCUGUGAAGUUGAUUCACAUUGCUCUGCUGCGUGUGACCAAAUUCGUCUACGAGAGUGAGGAUCACAAUCGAAGAUUGGCAGCUGUCAAGCCGGACCUUUUGGUCAAAUUGUCCCAACUCCAAAACGAGGCCAUGGAUAUCACGACCGUUACGGUUGAAGACACGAAAAGCUUGCUCAUUACUCUGUGUGGCUUAGGUUUGGCCGAGGGUAUGAUGCAAGUCAUUUACGAUUGUUUAGCCCUAGUUCAGAUGUUUAUGAAAUGAAAUAUGUUCUUUUUUUAUGUUGAAAAGGUCAAUGGUCCUGGUGUUCGAUUUUUAUUCAAAGUGAAAAUAUACGAUUGUUUCUACUA